GGUCAUGACCCCAGGAACCGGGCAAGAAGCGUUGCAUUUGUAUCUUACGGUCCACGCAUCCGGAAACCCGGCGAUCCAUGAUUUUAUCUCUCGUCUAGUUAUUGGUCCGGCAACGCGGACACAUCUUACGAGCCUAGUAACAACCACUUAGAGACAUCUAGUAAUUCUAUUAUUGGACUUGUCCUCGUUUUGUGGACUCCAAUGUUACCAAUGCCCCUAAACUUAUGCACCUGGGGAAGACGUGGUAGAAGCGGAUAAGCUAACGCAGGCGUGAGCAGUUCGACACGCCGAUUUGAAUGUUAAACGAGACCGAUGUUGAUGAUUUUACAUAACUCUACCCCGGGAAAUUCGGCUGUGGCGCUUCGGUACCCUUGUUAGCGGAUCCUCAUGAUGCAGUGAGUCUGGGGUGGGAAUUUGUGAUACAAGAUGCUUAAACUCGAUUGCCUAUGGGCUGCUCUCGGCUAUGCCUUAGGUUGACUGCUAAGUGACGUCCUAGGCCAAUGGCGGAGAGUGUUUUCUAUAUUAAGGGGGUGAGGUACCUCAUGAGCUUGGUCCCGACCGUGGUCUACUAUUUCCUGAGAUUAGGAAGACGGCACCGGAAGGGAUAGACACACAGAACUCCUACUAUCUACAGCGAGGAAAGAUGAUCUCUGCCUGGGGACUCGUCGCCUCGGCCAUUGGGCUUUUAGGCCUAGCUCUUGCUGAUACUUGCUCCACUAUUAGGGACAUUUCCAACAUUGACGUUACCAGUCCUCUUGAUCUAUCAUACCUCGAUGAGCAAAGCGAUUAUUGGUCUACUUCUUGUGCUGCCUUAAAACCUUCCUGUAUAAUAUUCCCCAAAGUUGCUGACGAAGUAGCUGCCAUUGUGAAAGUUCUUAACAACAACACUGAGAACUUCGCUAUCAAGUCAGGUGGCCACAACCCUAACAAUGGGUGGUCAAGUGUCCAAGGCGGCCCUCUCAUCUCUACUCAAAAGCUAAAGCAGGUUAUCCUAGAUCAAGAGACGGGUAUAGCUAAGGUCGGGCCGGGCCAACGGCUAGACAGCAUCUCGGCCGAACUACAAGGGACAGGCUGGACAUUCGUCGGUGGCCGCAUCGGCAACACUGGUGUCGGAGGCUUAGUACUUGGCGGUGGGCUCAGCUACAUGUCAGCACAGUAUGGUUGGGCUGCUUCAUCCGUUUUGGAAUAUGAGAUUGUGCUGGCCAAUGGCACCAUCGCAACAGCAUCUGCCACUCAAAACGCCGACCUUUUCAGAGCUCUUAAGGGAGGCGGUAACAACUUCGGUAUUAUAACCACCUAUACCCUCCAGUUAUACCGACAAGGCGAUAUCUUUGGUGGAAACCUCGUCUUCCUUCGUACCCCUGAGACAGACUCCAAGAUGCUUAAGGCCGUCAGGGACUUCACCGAUUACAAUGAGGACGAUAAAGCGGCAGUUAUCGUCACAGCAGAACGUGGCAACAUUGAUCUCAUUGAUACCUGGAUCCUCUUCCUCUUUUACGAUGGGAUCGACGUCCCUGAAGGAACUUUCAAGAACUUUACAGACAUUGGACCGCUACUAGACACUACUAAGGUCCAAACAUAUGCCGACCUUAUCGGCGGAAGCAAUUGGGUCAUCGUUAAAGGCUCUGUCGUUCAGAUUGGAACAGAGACUAUUCCAAUGCCAUCGGCCGAAAACGGCGUGAAAGUCAUGGAAGGCAUACAUUCGCAUUGGCGGAACAUAACAGAUACAGUUUUGUUAGAACCUGGUGUCAUUGCUUCGAUCGCGUACCAGCCUUUCCCCAAGCGAAUUGCCCAAGCUGCGAAGGAAAGAAGUGUAGACUUGAUCGAUGCUGAAGAUGAUGCCCAACGUCUUAUCCUCGAGCUCAACUAUAGCUUCUUGCCACAGGGUGACUACGACAAAAUGGACCAGGUCCUCCAGAAUACUUACGGCGGUGUACGUGAUCGCGUAGUUGGAUGGCAGCAAGAUGGGACGUUACCAGACAUAUACCUCCCCAUUUUCAUGAACUAUGGAUUCCAUCAGCAAGAUUAUUUCUCUAGGCUCCUCCCGGAGAACAGAGCAUUCGCCCAUUCGGUAUCAGAGAGUGUAGACCCGGAUGGAUUCUUCCGUACAAGGAUAGGAGGGUGGAAGCCUUAAUACCACCGAUCUCCUUUUCAUAAUAUGUACCUGGCAUAAAACUUCUAAUCCCACCACAGCUCCCUAUCUGGUUACUAUAUAGUGUGUUCUGCCGAGAGUAUGGAUGUGUCUAAAUAACUAUAAUAUUAAUAUAUAGUAUUCAUUCUUGAAGGCUAUUUACCUACAUUGUCAAUGUAAAUAGUAUGUAUCCGUACGUAUCCUACAACAACUAUGGUCGAUUACGGAGCAAUAUACAACUCUAUAGCAUCCAAAUCAGUCAUUAUCCCACCAUGACUCAGUCAUCGUGGUUUUCCGUACUAGUUUUUUUCAACCUAGGCCACUGAGGGCGAACCAGAAAUUCCUCUGGAUUGG